AUGUCCUCUCUUUCAUUGGGAAUAGAAUUGGGUUUCUUGGGCUGGUGUCCAAACUACCCUCAAGACUUGAUUAUUCAUCUUUUGUGUGGUCCAGCUCAUAUUUCGAAAGUACAAGUCCUAUCUCAUCACUACAAAAUUGCCACAAAGAUUGACGUCUAUGUCGGUGUUCUUAAAGACUCUUCCGAGCCCCUCGAAGAGCACUUGCCCGAAUCACCCCCUCAUACAGACAGUGACACGACCGAGGGCGACAUGUUGAUUGAAUUCACUCGACUAGGCUAUGUUUGCUUGGACAAUAAUGCACGAGCUCAGUUUAGAGCGCGCGAGCUGAAAUCAAUUAAAGUCAAUGUAGACGGCGAAUACAUUCGGUUGGUUGUCGGAUUAUUGGCUCUUAAUAUCCUCGGUCAGCCCCUUCGCCAUACAGCCGCCCUACCUAGCCAUAUGACUCGCCACUUGAGCAAUACAUUGGAUGAAUCCAGUAUGCUUAGUUCGUCAACACGCCGUACAAGUGUCUCAAGUAACCAUAGUUUCGCCAAUCGUUUAUCUUCAUCAGGUGUUGUGGAAAUAGAACUUCAGCAAUGGAUCUCGGCUCUCUUGCACGCAGAAGAAGAAGCUGUUAGAGAUAAAGAAAAACAACCUAAUAUCUUCUUCUUUUUCUUAGACGAAGCAUACCAAACCGCAAAGAUUUACAAGUCUCUUAGUGACAAACUAUCUCGACUUUCAAAGAUCCUUCUCGACCUCGAAGUCGGAAAAAAGCAAGCUGUUGAUACCAAAGAUUAUGAUGAAGCAGAGAAAAUUAAAGCAGACAUCAAGGAAAUCAAACUAUCAGCAGAUGUGAUGCUCAAAACAGCCGAGAUCCAGAUAACUCGAGAUGGUCGGGUGGUUCCAAUAGGAGGUCAGGAAUAUUACGGUUACGAAGAAGACGAAGAGGACGAAGACUCGAUCCAUCAGGGCGACAUCUUACCUGCAUCAUACCAGUCCAUUGAAGAUGACGCUAUAUCAUCUCAACCAGAGGAUAUUGCUAACUACAGCCAUCACGAGGAGCGUAAUGCUCGUGAGGAUAGAUUGAUUGACGAAGCCAUCGAAAAAUGGACAAGCUUUGAUAUACUCUCACCCCCGAGUCAAUCUGAAGAUCAGUCACAACUAUACGAACAACAGCAACAGCGACGACAAGAAGUCGAUGAAGAUGAAGACGAAGACGACGAAGAAGAAGAUCAAUUACGACAACUCCAAAUACAGCAACAGCAGCAACAACAGUAUCAUCAUCAACUUCAACAUCAAAACCAAUACCAGCAUAUCUCAAGAAACGAAAACAUCUUGGAGGAUUCACCUAUCCAAGCUCCUCUCUGCACUUCCCCAUACCCUUCAUACCGCAACCGCCGCAUUUCCUCCUCGGUUCCAGAGGCCUCUCUUUCUUCCUCUGUUGCCGUCAAACACCUGGCUCGCCGUGAAUCAACCAUGAUGUCUAACAACAGCCUUAACAACAGCCUUAACAACAGCCUUAACAACAACAGCCACAGAAGUGCCAGAAACCCUUCGCUAGAACCGAUCGACCCGGACAGCAUUCCAGAAACCUUGAUUGAAGAAGAACGCCAGAGCUGCAAGGCUGCAAUCCAGGUGUUUGGUGAAGAGGUUGUGGCAUGUGUGCUGAGUGUCAAAGUAAAAUGCCGCGAACGAGGCCUGACCUGGGUGGCCAUGAAUAUCAAGAAAGCAUUCACCUUGGCCCAGGAAGAAAACCUGGAUAAGCUCAGAAAAGAUGUCUAUCAUGACAAAGGUUGUUCGUUCUCCGAUGACAGCGACGACGAAAAAGAAGAAGAGUACGACGAAUAUGCACGAGAGAGUGCAAGGUUUGUCAAGGCAUCGCUUAUCAUGAUACAAGAAGCCGUGAUGGAUUCUCGAGAGUCUAUUCUUAAUAUGGGUAUUGCUAUUUGGCAAGACCUUAAUGACUUUUGCUCAGAGGCAUUAGUCCCCCCUCGAAUGGUCUAUGGCUUGAUCGAACGUGCAUUCUCUGCUCUCUUGGUUCGUACUGGUGACAGUAACCCUCGGAUCCGCUUGCCGGCCACUCGCCUAGUCCUCACUCUGGCCGAAAAGUACUCCGAUCCACCAUAUUCGCUGCUCAGUCUGUUUAUCUGCAAACCUGAACGUAUCAUCCAUAACUACAGGGAAGCCAAGGCUCGGAUUGAGCUCGUCACAGCCGCGACUCAAGAACUCAAGAUCAUGUCAGAGGACCCUGACGAUAGCUAUAUUGCCAUUAUCCAGUUAAGCGACCUGAUGAAUCUAGUGGUCGCUUACAUGGGACACUCCAACGAAGAAGUGCGUGAAGCCGUCGUCGAGCUGAUUAUUCUUGCAUCGGACCAGGUUGGAUUCUCGUCUGUCAAGAGGUUCCUCAGCAAUGACUUGUUGCUGUCACUCGAAGAUAGUUUCAAACAGCUGUCAGAUCCGCAACGAGGAUCUGGUACCACCGCCGUAUCAGCUGCUAUUUUGUACAAAGAGAUAUUUGCUACCUCGGCGGCACUCCAAGCUGAGGAAGAAGAAGAAGAGGAGGCUGCUGCUGCUGCUUCUGCCGCUGCCAGUAGUAAACCUAUUUCUAAAAAUGCGGCUACGGUGGCUGAGUUGCGUGCACUUGCAGCUCAACCUAAUCCUCCGGCUACAAAGAAAACCAAAGCUCCUGAAGGACGUACUACACGUAGAGGAGCGGAUCUCACCAAACGAAGCGCUACAGUCGAAAAGAAGGAGCGUCCACGAGACGUUUCUGGUAGAAGUGCUACUGCUCUCGGCACCACCACCACUACAUCAACCAAAAAGAAUGGAAGUGGUCGUAACACAGCUCGUCCUGCUACAUCGCGUGCUACGGCUUCAUCAAAGUCUAAUAUCAGAUCUCAGGAGAAGCUUGAGCCUGAGAUUGUAGUAGAAAGCAGCGCUUGUAUAUUCUGUGAUGAAGUUGAUCCUGAAUUCAACGAAGAUACCCUCAUUUCUCAUUAUUAUAACUCCUGUCCUGUUUUGACCAACUGUCCAAUGUGCAGCAUCAUUCUUGAGGUAUCGACCUACAAUGAUCACAUUUUCUCUGACUGUGAGCAAAGACAUCUUGUCAAGCAAUGCGGUCGAUGCAGACAAGCAGUUCCUGUUGAACAGUGGCUCAACCAUACCCUCAAGCAGACAUGUAUUGUUUCAGGACCUGAUGAUGUUAGAUGUCCUUUGUGCCAAAUUAAAAUGGACCCCCCAACCGAAGCCAGCUGGAAGGCCCAUCUUUUGACCGGAAAUGGAUGUCCCAAGAGCUCGCGUGGCCGCGCUCCCAAGAGUGCCGCUGCUGCCUCUACUAAAAAAUCGUCGGCUCUUCAAGUGGAAUCCAAAAAAUCUACAGCCACCAAGCGUGACACGACAACUGGCGGUACUGGAGGAACAAAGCUUCCAAAGUCUUCAGAUGGAGGUCCUCACAUUUGCAUUACUACAAUCACAACGGAUACUUUCAAAGCAGUGACAUGA